UAAAAUAAAAAAAAUUAUUUUCUUCAUUUAGCGAUCUCUCUAUAAAAGGAUCGACGGAUCUCUAUAAAAGGAUCGACGGAUCGACCAUUUGAGUAUAUGCGAUCUCUUUAUAAUUAUAUAUGUCAUCAGUCUGGAUUAAUACAUCUCUUAUAAAAAAAAUUCAUACAUAAUUAGAGCACGAAGAAAGAAUUUUUGUGAUAGAGUCGUUAAUUCUAUAAAUAGGAUUAUUAUAACGAAAAUAUUCAAAUUUAUUUUCUUAAUUUUUAUGAAUAAACAUUUUUUUAGUGGACUAACAUAAUAGUAAAUCUGCGCCUAGAUUCCUAUCACGCUAACAUCUGCAAUGCUUUGGAGGACCUUCAUAGUUAAUUUCGAUGUUACUUAUUCUCACUGAUGUUGCUAUUGAAAUUGAGGAUAAAGGCAUUAAGAAAAGAGUAUGGUGAGUUGAUUAUGGUGUUAGGGGACUUACAAUUUCAAUUGUCUUUCUCCCUCUUUCGAAAGCCCAAAUAAAAUUUCUAGAUUUUCCAGUAUAGAAGCAUUGAAGAAUAGAGAAUAUAGAUAGAUAGGUUACUUCUAAUCGUUAAAGUACCAACAAAUAUGUCAACUCAGCUUAAACAAUUAGAGCAAACUUUUGUUAUAAUGUUUCUGUUACCUAAGGGGCUAAUAUUAUAGGAAAACAUAAAUCUCACAGUUAAUUGUCUAAGUCUCUUAGUUUAGGGGCUUAUUUGUUACACGAGUUAAACAUUAGGAAGCCAAAAUGAACCUUUUCCCAAUAAAAGCUCUGCCCAAUAUUUCCCCAUCAGAGAGGAGCCUGGUAGGCUUAAUAUAUAUGUACUAAAAUCUUUUACGGUAAAGUCGUCGUCGUUUCGACUUUCCUUCGGAAAACCAAAAAAAAGGAAAAAAAAAAAAAAAAAAGAAAGAAAGAAAAGGUUGCCUUUCAGAUCUUCCAUCAAGCACAUAGCUUUGCUUGAAAUCGAAGAAGAAGAAGAAGAAGAAGAAGAGGAAGAGAGAUGUUGCCUACUUCGUCAAAAAUCCGUACAUCAUCGGCCUCUACAUCUCGGCCCAGUCCGAUGUUCCCUCAGUACCUUCGGCGAAUCGUUAAGUGGCAACAAAUGGAUAUUGAAUAUACUUUCUGGCAAAUGCUUCAUCUUUGCACCUCUCCAAAAGUCGUCUAUCAGCACACUAAAUAUCACAAACAAACCAAGAAUCAAUGGGCACGUGACGACCCAGCUUUUGUCGUAAUCUGCAGUCUCCUUUUGGCAGUCGCCACUUUGGCUUAUUGUGCCGCGUAUGACCAUAGCACUGGACAUGCUGUUUUUGUAGUUAUUUCAGUAUUGCUUUUCCAUUUUUUAAUUACGGGAGUAGUUCUGGCCACGUGUUGCUGGUUCAUGACCAAUGCAUAUCUUAGGGAGGAGGCUCCAAACAGCCAUGUGGUCGAGCAGCGGGUUGAAUGGCUUUAUGCAUUUGAUGUGCACUGCAAUUCUUUCUUCCCAAUGUUUGUAAUGCUUUAUGUUAUACAUUAUUUUCUGUCCCCUCUUUUGGUAGCUCAUGGUUUCAUACCUAUAUUGCUAUCGAAUCUUCUUUUCAUGGUGGCAGCCUCAUACUAUCAUUAUCUCAACUUUUUAGGUUAUGAUGUGCUUCCCUUUCUGGAGAGGACAACAUUUUUCCUAUAUCCAAUUGGUGUUGUCCUUGUCCUUUCUCCUAUUUUGAUUUUAAGCGGCUUCAAUCCUUCAAGAUAUUUCAUGAACAUGUACUUCAGUCAACGGCUAUGAUCUACUAAGCUAACACUUCAGGGUUUGGAUAGCACAUAUAAUGAGGUGGGGGAUAGUUCAGAGACUGCAUCAAUGGUGAGAAGGCAUAAUUCUUUCAUGUACAUGGAAAUCUAAAAGCAAGGUUGCAAAAUGAAAGAAAAAAGAAAUCUUUUUAGCUUUGUUUUGAGUCCUAUUCCCUGAAAGAUGGAAAGCAUAACUGAAUGAUGUCGGGGUAGAAGUCUUUUUGGUAGUAUCAUUGAUCAAGCAUCCUAUGUAACCUGUGAAUUCUGUAUUUCCAUUUUUCCAAAAUCUGAAAAAGUGAAUCUGAUAGUUCAUUUUGGAUAUGCCAAUUAUAUGCAUUUUACGAA